AUGCGCAGAUUUGGCGAGCUUGGAGUUCGGAAUCUCUUGUAUCUCCAGAGCGAGCUCCUUGAGAUCGAGGAGCGGCUUAAAGAGUUAGACAUUGCGCAUAUCCAGGCUCCAUUGAAUCUCAAGGUCGGGUUGAGGAAUUGGACCAGCAUGAGUGUCGACGCCGAUGUCGAUGAGCCAAGUCGUUCGCAGAUCCAAGAGAGAAUUCACCUUGUUCUCAAGCUGAGAUACAUAGGGACGUAA